AUGGAUUACACGCAACAGGUCGAGGCCGUGUCCCGCUCCGUCCACAAGGAUGUCAUGACGCUCGCCAACGGCAAGCCCGCGCGCACCAUCAUCCUGCGGCAGACCUUCCCCGCGCCCGCCGCCGAGCUCUGGGACGUCGUCACCAAGCCCGAGCGCCUCGCCGUCUGGUUCGCGCCCGUGUCGGGCGACCUGCGCAUGAACGGCCGCUACGCCAUCACCGGAAACGCCAGCGGCUCCGUCACCGAGUGCAACCCCGCCGACCGCUUCUUUGCCCUGUCGUGGGAGUUUGGCGAGACCAUCAGCGCCGUGCGCGUGCACCUGACAGAGGCCGAGGACGACGGCAAGACGACGCUCGAGGUUACGCACACCUUCCCCAUCGACAGCCACUGGAAAAAGUACGGGCCCGGCGCGGGCGGCGUCGGCUGGGACAUGACGCUCAUCGGUCUGGCUCUGCACCUCAAGGGUCUUUCGAAACCCUCGUCCGAGGACUGGGCCGCGUCCAAGGAGGCGGCGACGUUUACGGAGCAGGCGAGCGAGAGAUGGCGCGACGCGGCGAUUGAGGGCGGCGAGGACGAGAGGUGGGCAAAGGAAGCGGGCGAUAGGACGACGGCGUUUUAUGUGCCCGGAUGGGAGGCAAAAUCUACAAAAUAA